UUAGGGAGUACAUGAUGUCAUAGAGGGAGAGGUUUAUGGUCUGCAUCUGAGUUCAGCUAUGCUCUUCUGGAUGUGAAAUAGAAGUUUUAUCUCCCUGAACAUCCACCUGCUCCAACAGCUCGCAUCACAGUCAUGGAACCCAGCAAGGCAGUGGAAAAUAUCUAUCUCCUGGUCAUCGUCACACUCAUCAGUGUUCUUCAGAACGCUUUUUUUGCUCAGAAGGUAGAGAGGGAAUGCAAGAGUGAAAACCGCACAUCUGCUUUUGAGCGGGUGUCUUGUGCCAACCGUAACUGCAUGGAUGUUUAUCCCACUUUCCUGGCCUUAAUGUGGUGUGCUGGGCUUUGCCUCAGUCAAGCGCCUGCUGCUUUUGCUGGGAUCAUCUACCUGCUAGUGAGACAGAAGUACUUUAUUGGAUACUUGGGACAGACCUCUCAAAGCACACCGGGCUACCUGUUUGGAAAACGCAUAAUGAGCUUCCUGUUUCUGAUGUGCAUCAUGGGCAUCCUUAACUACCUGAUGGGACGCUACUAUGGCAGCGACUACAAAGAAUACGUAGAAACCAUCACCAAUGCUGCAUCUGCUCUCCUGCUCCUCCCUUAGUUCAGUCGUGCAACUUACCCAAUUUUAGGUGAUUAUAUCUGUGUAUUUAAAACACAUUGCUAUUUUUUUGUGUGAAAGCAUUUAUUGUUAUUGUUUAGCAAAUAUAUACAUAUAUAAAUACAGUUUUA